GCAUGAUUGUGUAAACUGGACUAGACUAAUGUCUGUUAUUUGUUGAACGAAUUAUCAAGAAAACAUAAACAUGGUGCAGGAAUUCGUGUCUCCUGUGAGGGUUCACAAGUUCCCAUUCGAAAUGGUUAUGGCUGCAUACGAGCGGCGGUUUCCGAACUGCCCGCAGAUCCCCGUGGUCCUGGAGUGCGCGAUUACUGAAGACAGCUGGUCCGAGGAUGACUCCCAGCGGGACACCUCGCGCCGUUGCCAGCUGAACGUCGAUGCGCCGUAUCUCUUGAAAAAGAUGGUCGGCGUCGACUACAUCUAUUUCAUCCAGAAGAACCACCUGGACCUGAAAGCGCGAGUGCUGGAGAUCGAGGCCACCAACGAGUCCUUCGCCAACAGGGUCGUGGUGUUGGAGAAAUGCCGAUAUUACGUACACCCGGAGAACCCGAACUGGACGUGUUUCGAGCAGAGCGCCCAUCUCGACGUAACUAACUUCUUCGGGCUGGAGAGCACUGUCGAGAAGAUCGCCAUCAAGCAGUACUCGGCUAACAUUACGAAGGGCAAAGAGCUGAUCGAGGUAUUCAUGAAGGGCGUUGAAGCCGAGGGCAUCAAAGACCUCCAGCCAUGGAACCCUGACGACCCGGCGCACAACAGGGAACUCAGGCGCAUCGUCUCCAGAAAUACGGAGCCUCUGUCGCCAAGGACCACGACGGAGCCGCAGCGACAGCCUAAACCAGACCAAUAUACGCUCGACAGCGAGUACAUCAAGCGAUACCUCGGAGAACUGACGCCGAUGCAAGAGUCCAGGCUUCUGCAGCUCAGGAAGUGGAUCGCCGACUUGCAGAAGGGGAAGGUACCAUCAGACACGACCCUCCUCCGCUUCCUCCGCGCCCGCGACUUCAACGUGGAGAAGUCCCGCGAGAUGCUCUCCCAAUCCCUGCUCUGGCGCAAACGGCACCAGGUCGACCGUAUCCUGUCGGAGUACGAGACGCCGCAGGUCGUGGCGCAGUACUUCCCCGGCGGAUGGCAUCAUCACGACAAAGACGGACGUCCGCUAUACAUCCUCCGACUCGGCCAGAUGGACGUCAAGGGCUUGCUCAAGUCCGUCGGCGAAGACGGCCUCCUGAAGUUGACGCUUCACGUGUGUGAAGAGGGUCUCAAACUCCUGGAGGAAGCCACCCGCUCCUCCGAGCACGCGGUCCAGUCCUGGUGCCUCCUGGUAGACCUGGACGGUCUCAACAUGAGGCACCUUUGGCGACCUGGAGUCAGAGCUUUGCUGAGGAUCAUACAGAUCGUCGAGGCGAACUAUCCUGAGACUAUGGGUCGGGUGCUCAUUGUGAGAGCUCCGAGAGUUUUCCCGAUUUUAUGGACGAUUGUCAGCACGUUUAUAGAUGAGAACACUCGCAGCAAGUUCCUGUUUUACGGCGGCAAGGACUACCUGCAGCCGGGCGGGUUGCUCGACUACAUACCUAAAGACCUCAUACCAGAUUUCCUUGGAGGGCCUUGCAAGUCGGACAUAGUAGACGCCUCGAUGAACGUCCCGCAUCAGUAUUACGACUACAGUUUCGUGCACGAAGGAGGCCUGGUACCGAAGAGUUUGUACGUGAGCGGCGCCUUCACUGAGCGUGACGGGGACCCGCUGUGUGAAGACAGCAUUUACCGCUCUGUUAGCCUUGGGAAGGGUCAGGUGCACGAGGUGAUCGUGAACAACAAAGACCCACAGAGCGUGCUGACCUGGGACUUCGACGUUCUCCGACACGAUAUAGCGUUCACCGUAUACCGUUCGCCGCACAACCUAGAACUCGAUGAUCCUACAGUGGUUUGCGCCGGCGCCGGCACGGGGACCGAAGAAGGCCGCUCGGCGCUCGCGCGGCAGGACUGGCGCGAGGGAGAUCAUUAUCACAAGGUGGAGCACACACUCAUCGCGCACGACGGAGAGAGCAUACAGGGCUCGCACGUGAUGCUGGAAGUCGGCAGCUACGUGCUGCAGUGGCGCUGCGAGCUGCUGGACCACGCGCCGCGCGCGCAGCUCAUGUACUUCCACGAGACGCUCGCCUCUCACCACUACAAGUGA